AUGACUGAAGAUAUGUUAAAAAAUGCAUCUGUGUCUUCAUCAGUUCGAGAGAAAAUUCAUAAAUAUAAUAUGCUUGCAAAUACCAAUGGAAAAUUUUCAUCGAAAUCAAUAAAAUUACGAAAUAAUGCUUAUUCAGUAUCAUCAAUAAAUUCCGUAAGUCGAUCAACAUUGAGUGAUUAUUUAUCAGGUUCGAAUGAAAAUCAACAAGAACAUAAUUCACCAAAUCGUACAUCUACAAUAAUAAAUCAUUUUCAAUCAAAUAUAGAUGAAAGAAAAUCUUCAAUUUCAUUAAAUUCUCAUAAACAUGAUGAAUUAAAAGAAACACCAUCAAUUUCAAUUCAUGCUACAACACCGAUUAUAUCUAAAGAACUUCGAAUACCAACACAAAACGAUUCGGAUGAAAUUGGCUUAGAAAUUAUUGAAUCUGAAAGUAUUCAUGAUAAUUAUCGAUCUCGAUCAACUACUAUUGAGCAUUAUGGAGAAGAUAGUAUUCAACAGCAAACAACGGAUAUAUCUCUUAUUACUCUAUCUCCUCAAUUACAUCUCCCACCUCCACUACCACCAUUACCACUUUCAGGUCGUUCAUUCUCCAAUCUAGAAUCCAACAUUCCAAUAAAACGAUCAUUUCCAUUAUCAAAUCUCUUAUUAGAAACAGGUGCAUUAGUUGUUGUUUUUAUUUUAUGUAUGGUACUUGUCUUAGCUAUAAAAGAAAAUCAAGCAAAUCUUCGAACAACAAUGCAGAUUGUUUAUACAUAUAUUUAUCUUAUUUCAAUUAUUUGGAUGAUUUGGUGUGCACUUGAUAUAAUUAAAUUUCGGCGUCAUUGGAUAAAAUUAACAGCACCAGCUCAUGAUCACGAAGAAUAUAUGGAUAUGGUUGAACAUAAUUCACUUCAUCUAGCAUAUUUUCCAGAUAUACAUAAUACUGGUGGUUUAUUUAUGAGAAUUGGAGCUGGAUUACUUUGUAUGGGUGGUCUUAUUUUAACAAUUAUUGAAUUGGCAAAAACAAUUGAAACGGUACGAAAUGAUCAAAUACAUCAUAGAGCAUCAGUAGCAAAUUAUUCCAAAUCAGUUUCUAUAGCUAGAUCAAUUAUGUUUAUAUUUCGUUUUAUUUUUCAUUGUAUACAAUUUACAUUUUUAUUUCGAUAUGGAAAUCUUAUUAUUGAUCGAUAUCAUUUUGCUGCAAGAGUUGGUCUUAUUCAUAUAGUUAUUGCUAAUUUUUGUACUUGGUUUGAAGCUAUUGUUAUUGAAACAUUAGAACAAAUACAUAAACAACCAGAUCAUAUAAGAUUAGCAAGUGUUCCACAAACUCUGGGUACAAUAAAUUUUACAUCAGUGGAAAUAACAAAUCUAACUUUGGGUAGAGUCAAUAUUUUCAAAAAUAUAUUAGCUGCUGCUCCAACUGAAGAAGAUCAUUCACAUAAUAGUACAACAACUGUACUUAAAUUUAUCGAAAAUGUUGAAUCACUUAUGGGUAGUUAUUUAUAUCCAUGUUUAAUUGAAUACAGUCUUAUAUGUGUAACUGUAUUUUAUAUUAUGUGGCGUAAUGUUGGUAAAACUAAAAAUCGAUCAUUUUUACAUUUUGCUGAUCGUCAUAUAUUUAGUAUAAAUUGUUCACGUGCAUCGUAUGGUUUAGUUUUUGGUGGAAUACUUUUUUUAUUAACAAUUUUAGCACUUAUACCAGCAAUUAUUGUUGAAACAUCGACAGCAAUACCCAUAACACAUAUAACUGAAUUUGUUCUACUUAUUGUUUCAUCAUCAAUAGUUUGUAUAUCAUUUAUAUAUACAACAAAGCUUUAUUAUGAUCGACAAGCACAUGUUGAUACAUUUGAUAGAAUAUUAAUUUUAAUAACAACAAUUGGUGAUUUUGCUUAUUCAUGUUUUGGAUUAUUUGCAUCAAUACUUGUUCAAACAUAUACAAUUCCAGUGCCAAGAUUUAUUGAAAUAUUAAUUCAUCUUUUAUCAAUUUUUCAAACAUUUUUUCAAUCAGCUUUUAUUUUGGAUGCAUUAAAACGACGUAUUAUAACAAAAAGUGAAUUUCGAAAAAAACCUGGGCGAGAAUUAAUAACAGCAUUGUUACUAAUUAAUCUUGCUAUAUGGCUGCAUGAUUCUUUAUCAGCAAAAAAAGUUCAACUUAAUCCAUUACAAACAGAUUAUUAUGAUGCUACUACAUGGUCAAUAGUUCAAGCAUUUACAUCUCCAUUAUCAAUAUUUUAUCGAUUUCAUUCGAGUGUAUGUCUUGCUGAUAUUUGGCAAGAAGUUUAUCAUAAUCAUGGAAAUCAUCGAUUAGAUCGUUCAAUAAAUACGAGUAAUAAUAAUAAUAAUCAACAUUAA